CAGAAACCCUACCCAUCAACCCAUCAAACAACAGUUAGCCAGCCUUAGCCCCCCUCUCCAAAUCUCCAACACUCCUAUCUCAUUCCUUUUACCAUUUUCUCUCUCCUCUCAAAUUACCACCAAAAACGAUGAAGCUCAACAAAAGCAAAAACAAAGGCAAAGUUCAUCCUUCUCCCUUUUCAUCAUCAUCUUCUUCUGCAAGCAACCAUGACCCAGUUUCGUCGCUAAAUCAUCUUCUUCCAACUGCAAUUUUCACUCUAAUCUCUGUUCUUUCUCUUCAAGACCGCGAAGCUCUCGCUUACAUGAUUACUCACUCCCUCAAAUCUUCUACUCUAAACUACUGCAAUUACUGUCCUUCUUCUUCGUGUUCUUCAAGUUUUGACCCGAAAAUCAAGAAAAAAUCCAACAAGAAAUCAUCAUCCUCAUCAACAGGGACGAAUACAAAGACUCAUGUAUCGCCCAGCUUCGAUUGUUGCUGUUUCGACUGUUUCUCCCACUUCUGGAAUCGCUGGGAUUCUUCCCCUCACAGCGAGCUCAUUCAUCAAGCGAUUGAAGCUUUCGAGGAGCAUCUUUCUUCAAGCGAGAAGAAGACGAUAACGACGCCGAAGUCCAAGAAGAAGAAAGACAAUGGAAGAAGGAGAGAGAAAGUCGUGAGUGCUGACGUGGAGGAGAGAGAAUCACCUUGUGUUAGUGAGACUGGGAGUGGGUCUUCUUCUCUGAGUUCUGUCCCGCCGGAGAAUCUCGUUGUUGUUGGAAGAGAGGAUAGAGAAGAAGUUCAGUCGCCGGAGAUUCUUGUUCUAGCUGACGUGGAGGAGAGAGAAACUGAAGAGUUUUCGUUUUCUCCAGUGUUUGCCGGUGAUGGUGAAGAAGAUGAUGAAGAAAGUGGGCCCCACCAGGAGUUACAGCAGCAAGAGCAGCACAAAGGGUUGGCGAGGAAGGUACUCCCGGACGUCAUUGGGUUAUUUCAUUCUCGUUUUUGGAAGAAUCUUUGGGGUCCGAAUGUGUGAUAAUUCCAACAACAAAAAAGAAAAAAGUAAAAUUUAGUUUUUUUAAAUUUUGUUUACUGAAAAAAAAGAAGCUUAGUCAAAUCAUUCCUUCAACCUCUUUAUUUUUCUUUUUCCAUUAAAAUGUUCUUAAACUUUAAGAAGGUUUUUGAGGGAAAUAUCAAAUAUUAUUAGGAAAGUAAAUUUAUGCAUUUUUGUCUGGUUUAUAUGUGAAAUAGUGUCAUUAAUUACUUAAUGUUGUUAGAUACAUUGGAUGUAUACUGCACUUUAAUAUGCAUUUGAAUUAAUAGUGAAAAUUUUGUCA